AUGACCCAGUUCAAAAUUAUUAAACCUAAAAUAAAGUUGGUCAACGAGAUUCUUCCUCAUUUUGUUGACAGAAAUACAGCCUUGAGGAACCUACGAAUUUCAUAUAAGCACGAUGAAACUAAAUUUAUUAUGAGCACUAGAAAUAAACCAGGUCUUCAAAAUUAUGAUACUGGACAAAAUGAAAAAAAUGGAGCAGUUUUGUCAUUUUGCUAUGAAAGGAAAGCCUUCAUACAAAACGUUAUAAAAAGUUGUGUUGCUCCCGAAAUGGAACCUCUAGUCAAACCAAAGAAAAUAGCUAUAGACUUUAGUUCCCCAAACAUUGCAAAACCCUUUCAUGCAGGACAUUUGAGGUCUACGGUGAUAGGAAACUUUAUUGCUAAUGUACAUACUUACUUUGAUAAUGUUGUUACCAAAAUCAAUUACUUAGGAGACUGGGGCACACAAUUUGGCCUCUUACAAUAUGGGUUGAAAGCUUUAGACAUAGAUUUAAAAGAACUCAAAAGUAAUCCACUAAAAACCUUGUAUGAUGUUUAUGUUCAUGCCAAUAAAUUGGCAGCAACUAAUGACAAUGUGAUACAAGAAGCAAGGAAAUAUUUUUCCGAUAUUGAACAUGGUAGAAUGAACUUGGAAAAUUGGAAGAAAAUAAGAGAAGUUACUAUUGAAGAGUUAGAAAAGGUUUACAAAAGACUCGGAAUUCAGUUUGAUGUUUACCUCUGGGAGUCAGAUUAUAAUGGUGAAGCAAUAAAACCUCUAAUGGAAUAUUUAGAGAGAGAAAAUAUAAUUAGAAGUGAUGAGUCAGGAAAAAAGACAGCUAAGUUAAAUGGUAGAGAUGUGACAGUAUUAAAAAGUGAUAAUUCAACUAUUUACAUAUCAAGAGACAUAGCAAGUUUAUUAGACAAAUAUAAGAAGUAUGAAUUUGAUAAAAUGUUGUAUGUCGUAGAGAAUGCACAGACAGGACAUUUUGCCGACUUGUUUGAAAUUGUGAAGCAAAUCGAUAAUAAAUAUGUAGAUGGCUGCGAACAUAUUAAAUUUGGUAGAGUCAGAGGAAUGAGUACUAGAACCGGCAAUGUUGUAUUCUUAAAUGAUAUAUUAGAUGAAGCUAAAAACAAAAUGCAUGAAAAACAAACAUUGUCAAAAAAUACAAGGAGGACAGCAAUGAAUGAGGAGACUUGCGACAUCCUAGGCACUUCAGCUGUUAUAAUUAAUGAUUUAAAACAAAAAAGACAAAAAGAUUAUGUAUUUGAUUGGGACAGAGCUCUUCAGAGUGAAGGUGAUAGCGGAAUCAAAUUACAGUAUUUACAUUGCAGGCUAUGGAGUUUAGAGCAGAAUUGUGGCAUUGCAUUACCAGAUAUAUGUGAACCUGAACAUUUGACUGAAGAAGUCAUAGGAAAUGUUAUUGCAGAACUUGCUAAAUUUGAAUCUGUGUUACAUAAGUCGUUAGAAGAAUAUGAGGCUUGUAUUUUACUUAGCUAUUUAUUCCGUUUAGCUAGAUAUGUUAAUAGAAUGUUUAAUGAAGUACAAGUAAAAAAUGUUGAAAAUGAUUUAGCAGCUCAGAGACUACUCGUUUUUCAUUGUGCUCGUCUAGUUGUUAAGACUGGAUUAGAGAUUUUAGGAGUAAAGCCACUCACGGAAAUGUAG